UUGACCAGAUUGAUGUUGACAGGGAAAUCUCUACUGGAGCUGUGUAUCAUUUCCAAAUUCUGAACUCAGAAAUCAUAUGAAUUGUUUGUGAUCUAAAUAAGCAAUAAAAAGAAAGUAUCUUUGCAGUUGCGAGGAUGGGAUCUAAAGAUAUGAAACUCCUGGAUGUUUUUUCAUACGAGAGUCUCGUGCAUGCAGUCGCCGGUGCGGUGGGCAGUGUUACAGCAAUGACUGUUUUCUUUCCUCUUGACACAGCUCGGCUCCGGCUGCAAGUUGAUGACAAGCGGAAAGCCAAAUCUACUCCAGCCAUUCUGUCAGAGAUCAUCAAGGAGGAGGGUCUGUUAGCUCCAUAUAGAGGCUGGUUUCCAGUAAUCUGCAGCCUCUGUUGCUCAAACUUCGUCUACUUCUAUUGUUUCCAUAGUCUAAAGGCCACCUGGCUGCAAGGUCAGAGGUCAACGCCAGGGCGAGACCUCAUCAUUGGCAUUGCUGCAGGUGUAGUGAAUGUUCUUGUGACCACUCCACUCUGGGUCGUCAAUACCAGACUGAAACUGCAGGGGGCGAAAUUCAGAAAUGAGGACAUACAGCCCACACACUACAAAGGAAUUAUGGAUGCAUUUGUACAGAUCAUACAGCAGGAAGGAGCGGGAGCGUUAUGGAACGGGACGUUUCCCUCUCUACUGCUGGUGCUCAAUCCAGCCGUGCAGUUCAUGAUCUACGAGGGUCUGAAAAGGCAUCUCCUGAGGGGCGUGAACAGAGAGCUGUCCUCGGUGGAGGUGUUUCUCAUUGGAGCCAUUGCUAAAGCCAUAGCAACCACCAUAACCUACCCACUACAGACGGUUCAGUCUGUUCUACGGUUCGGACAGCACGGGCAACCGGCAGAUCAAUCCAAACUCCUGAAUAGCCUGAGAUCUGUCAUGUAUCUGCUCAUCAAUAGAAUCAGGAAGUGGGGCAUGCUGGGAUUGUUUAAAGGCCUGGAGGCGAAGCUGCUUCAGACAGUCCUCACUGCCGCACUGAUGUUCUUACUGUACGAGAAGAUCGCCAACACCACCUUCAGGGUCAUGGGGGUCAAACGCACAGUGACGUCCCACUGAGCUUCCACGGGGUGUUUAGCAGCUCUCUGAUGUCAUAGGAACUUCAUGGGCUGACAUGGGUGCUUGUGUUAUGAGAAGUGGUCAAAUAAUGUGUGUUUGUUUUUAUAAAUGGACGAAAUAUACAGUACGGGUUAAAAGUUUAGAUACACUUGCCUCAGUUUGUUUCUCAUGAUCUUUUGAUUUAUAGGCUUAUGCUUACACGUUUGAUAUAAACUGCAAAGGCAAAUGUACGCUUUGCCUACAUAUGAAUAUAUCUUGUAUAAAAAAAAUAUAUCUUUUUUUUUUUUUUUUUUUUUUUUUUAUAAAUGUUUGAGUUGGUCUGGAUAGUGAAGGAAAUUCAGCCAACUUGUAGAGUUGUAGGGUUCAGCCCUAUUGAAACUCCUUCAAUACUGUUUAAAAAGCAUCCCAGGAUGCACAUCUUUGUUUGUGAGAAUAUCCAGAGUGUGCAGAGCUAUGAUUUAGACAUUUACAUUUAUUAAUUUAACAGACGCUUUUAUUAUUCAAAAAUAAGAAACAUCACAAGCAAUUAUGUCAUAAGAGCGAACAGUGUUGUUUAACAAAGCAAUUGCUAUAAUAAAAACUAAAAUCAAAAUAUAAAAUAAAAGCUAAAUCAAAUUAUUGAUUAAUGCUGUAAUAAAUAAUACUAAAAUAACACUGAUUGGUCGAUGACUAGGUUUAAACUAGAUAUAAAGUGUGGCUACUUUGAAGAAGAUAAAAUAUAGGACAUUUUUUAUUUGUGAAACUUUUUUGGUUUUACUUAGUUCUUUCUUUCAUUGGUGUUAUUUCAUGGUUUAAUGACUUUUAUUUAAGAAUGUGGCAAAUAGUAACAAGGAGUAUGUCCAAAUCUUUCACUGAUAGUGUAGUGAUACAAAUUAAUGAUGACAAAUAGGAUGUAUGCAAAAUUACUGAAAUCAAACCCACUUAAGUAAUUCAUUCUCUAUGUACUUAUUAAUGCAAAAUUGCCUUAAUAUUUCAAUACCUUGGUCACUAUUUUAUGUAGUAUUCUGAACUAACCUUGUUUAUGAAUAACAGCAGAUCUGGACUGGUUUACAAAGUGUCAAAACGAAAAUAAUGCUUGUGACGGAUUUGUUUUGUGACCAAGAUCAUUGCUGUCAACAUCUUAGAUCUUAGAUCAGCUUUCCUGCAUUGAUAUACCAUAUGGAAACCAGGCUGGUUUUUCUGGUUCUGUGUAAGUGAUACUUGAUUCUACUUGACAAUACAAAGCCACUGACACUGUAACAGACCUUUAAGCUAAAAAGUCUAUAGUCUGAACUUUAAAAUAUCUUAUUUAACCAGUUAGUGAGUCAGAAUCACCACAUCUGAAAUCUGAAUGUUGCGCGCAGAAACUUGUACAUGCCUUAUUGGCAGACUGAUUUCAAAAAUGUCUCUCAGUGCUGAUGUUCACUCUGUACUGAAAUGUAAGUUGAAUCAUCAGCAUGCAGUUACAGUUAUUUAUGAAUGUAAAAUGUGAAUUUUAGUCAGAUUAAUUCAUAUUAUAAAUAAUUUAGGAUAUUAUACUCAUUAAAGACUUCUGAGAUUUUAUAAAUGUGUAAUAUUUUUUCUACAAUAAAAUAAUUGAUCCAUGA